GUAUUUUUUAAACACCGUACUCCAAUGUCAAAGAUGGGGUGACUCACCCGCUUCCGAUUCUAUUUUUCUUUAUUCUUUCUUUCUUUCUUUUUCUUCUUUGUUCUUAUCAAUUAUUAUUAUAAUAACAUAAUAUGGUUUCUCAACGUUCUGAAUGGCAUGUACCCUCUUCCAACAUAGCUCAAAGUGCUCAUAAUCCUAUUCGUCAAAUUGUUGACAAGUUAAAGUUAGAUCCUCAAGCAACAAAAAGUUUUAUUAGUUUAUCCGUAGGUGAUCCCACCGUGUUUGGUAACUUCAAUAUUGAUCCUAGUGCCAAUGAAGCUGUUAUUCGCCAAUUGCAUACUUAUAAAGCCAAUGGUUAUGGUCCUGCUCAUGGUACAGUGGAAGCUCGGGAAGCAGUAGCUAAAAUGGUGAAUACACCGGAAGCACCUGUUACAGCAAAUGAUAUUUUAUUAGCAAAUGGAUGUUCUGGUGCUUUGGAUCUAUGUGUUAAUGUAUUGGGUAAUCCUGGUCAAAACAUUCUUUUACCUAGACCUGGUUUCUCUCUUUAUGGUAGUUUGGCUGCUAUUCGUUCUUUAGAAACCAAAUAUUAUAAUUUAUUGCCUGAAGAAAAUUGGCAAAUUGAUUUGGCUCAUAUGGAAUCUUUGAUUGAUGAAAAUACAUGUGCUAUUCUGGUCAACAAUCCUUCUAAUCCAUGUGGAUCUGUCUAUUCUCGUGAACAUUUACAAGGCAUUUUACAAGUCGCUGCUAAACAUCAUGUACCUAUUAUUGCUGAUGAAAUCUAUUGUGAUCUUGUAUUCAAGGGCAAUACUUUUUACUCUAUGGCCAGUUUGACUACUGAGGUACCUAUUUUAUCUGUUGGUGGAUUAGCAAAGAAAUGGCUUGUACCUGGUUGGCGUAUUGGUUGGAUUGUGGUUCAUGAUCGUAAUGGUAUAUUCGAUCAAGUUCGUGAAGGUUUAUUGAACUUGUCUCAAGUCAUUUUGGGUCCUAACUCUGUCAUUCAAGCUGCCUUACCAGAUAUCUUGCAUGAAACUCCUCAAAAGUUCUAUGAUGAUACCAUUGAACAAUUAGAAAAAAACACAAAAUUAAGUAUGGACGCUGUAUCCAAGAUUCCUGGUCUUAAUCCUGUUCAACCCCAAGGCGCUAUGUAUAUGAUGGUUGGUAUUGAUGUGAACAAAUUCAAGGAUAUCUCAUCAGACGUGGAUUUCAGUCAAAAGUUAUUAGCUGAAGAAUCGGUGUUGUGUCUUCCUGGUGAAUGCUUCACUUAUCCUAAUUAUAUCCGUAUUGUGAUCACACCUACUGUGGACCGACUUGAAGAAGCUUACAAGCGUAUGGCUGAAUUUUGUGCUAGACAUUUGAAAUAGAUUAGAUCGCCCUAUUUAAUAAAAUCUAUCUAUCAAUACAUCUUA